AUGACCGUCGAAAAACAGGAUACGAUGCGCGCUGUUGUUUGGGAGGGGAAACCGUUCCAUAUGACCGUGAAAGAUGUGCCUCGCCCACGUCUGGUCGAAAAGGAAGAUGUGAUCGUUCGUAUUACUACAUCCGCCAUUUGUGGGUCCGAUCUCCACAUAUACCAUGGAAUUCUUGGAAGCAACAAGCCCGGCUGGAUAAUGGGCCACGAAGCAGUUGGCAUUGUCGUAGAGAAAGGAAAAGACGUGAAACACUUGAAGAUUGGCGAUCGCGUGAUCGUUCCCGACAGCCCUGAUGACGGCGUCUUGAACAUCGAGCCUAGGGUGCCACCUUUCAUUUUCUACGGCGCCGGCGACGAUUUCGGCCAUGAUGGUGGGUGCCAAGCGGAAUUCGUGCGAGUUCCUGAGGCCGACAACUCUUGCAUUCCAAUCCCAGAAGGCCAGUCCAGCGACAUUGACUUCCUCUUUUUGAGCGACAUCUUUGCUACUGGCUGGACCGGGCUGGACUUCAGCGGUUUUCAACCGGGUGACACUGUCGCGGUCUUUGGUGCUGGUCCGAUGGGCCUUCUGUGUGCGUAUUCGGCGUUGCUUCGCGGUGCUUCUAAAGUGUACUCCAUCGAUCAUGUCGAAGCACGGCUCGAAAAGGCGGCGAGCAUCGGCGCAAUUCCAAUCAACUUCACGAACCAUCCAGCUUCGGAGCAGAUUUCACUUCUCGAGCCGAACGGUGUCAUUCGCUCCGUCGACUGCUGUGGAUAUGAGUGUAUAAACGCUGACCUGAAACCACAACAUAAUUUCAUCAUUGAGGAGGCAUCCAAGAUCACAGCCGCUGGCGGCGGUUUCGGUAUUCCGGGAGUGUACAUGGCUCAAGCUUCAACCCAGGGAGCUCCACUCGCAGGGAAGGUCAAUCCGGAUAUCACUUUUCCGAUUUCUGCCUUCUGGACGAAAGGCAUCCGGAUUCAAGGUGGCGCAGUAGAUCCAAAAAUGGUUGCCCCAAUGCUCGUGGAGCUAGUCAAGAGCGGAAGGGCAAAGCCAGGAUUUAUCGUGAGCGCUGAAGUCGGAAUUGAGGAGGCGCCUAGAAUGUACGAGAAGUUUGACAAGCAUUUGGAGACGAAGGUGAUAAUUCGUUUUCCCUGGGAAGAAGAGGAGCUCAAGUUGGGUCCGGCAAAAACAAAGUGA